AUGGAUACCAAAUUGAAAGAAAGAGUAGACCAAUUAAGUCGGUAUUUGGACGGUGAAGAUCGAAUAAAAGUCGAUAAGUACAUGACACGAUGGAUUGAGAAGAUGUCAAGAGCAUCUUCACGGGUCAACAAAUACCGGUACAAAACUAGAACCGUACGAUUAGAUAGUGCCAAAUUUUCUGUGGCUCCUUAUGAGCGGGUUCUUGAUACUUUGGGUGAAUCUUAUAAAGGCAUAGACGUUUUCAAUAGAGAUGAGUUUCAUAGGGCGUUAGAACGAAUGGUACAGACGACUAAGACAGAGGCGAUAUUUUGGGACUCGCAAUAUGUGAAUCCCAUCACUAUCUUGGCUCACGGGCUUCGCAUUGAGUUUUGUGAUGGGUCUGUUGUAACACUGAAGUGUGAUAGUUGCAAAGAAACAUUGUCAUUAGACCUUUGCGAUUCGGAGUUCAACCAGCAGUAUGCAUCACAUUUGUUAACAAUGCACAAAUCCGUUUGUUUUUGGCAUACUAGCAGUGUUCCGUUGGACAUUGUAUACUAUGUGAAUAAGAGCAGUGUCAUUUAUGAGAUUGAGAGGAUUAAGAUCCAAUGGGCGCGGUAUUCUGGGUUAUCUGAUAGAUUUAAGUCAUGGCAGCUGGGGUUUCCGCUCCCAGAGAAGAUCAAACUGCUUUGUGGAUGGUUUGGAUAUCAAUCUUUACAAAGUUCGGAUAUUGCUCUUUUGUAUGUGCUACUUAGAGGAUACGCUCCCGUUGAUGGUCAAUCUGAAACAGAUUUUGGGAUCUUACAAUGUGUUGGAUCGUACUUAACAGUUGAUGUGAAGCAAGUGCUGUGUAAUUCCGAUUUCAACGGACAUCCUAAAUGGAGUUCACAUUAUGAUCAGGAUACUAUUCUCGACUUACUCUAUGAUACUCUGAUCGAGAUCCCUGAUGAGUCAAUGCAAGGCAGAAUCUCACGGUUGAAAAGGAUUAUCACUAAAUGGUGA